UCGUCAAAUUGUAAACAGUAGGAUGAGUGAAGCAUUCAAACUGAGUUGUGAAAUGUGAUAAAUCAAAUUGAGAAUGGAAUUUGACGAGGUUAAAUAUCAAUUUUCUUUUUUGUAAACUAAAUUAGUAAAUUUAAUUAAUUAUUCCAAAAAAAGUUCCAAGAAAUUAAAAAAUACAAAUGAAAAUAUAAAACGAUAUUAUUUUCCUCAAUAAGAAAUUUAACAAAGAUAAUUUUCACAAAAUGUCUAAAUACAAUUCCAUCUGACACUCGAAUAUUAAAAAUUUAUUCUGAGAAUGACGAUUUCAAGGGGUAAAUCUUUGGGAAAUACUGAGAAUCGUUGUCGACAGUGUAAAAAAUUGUUUUGCUGUUCAAAUUGUCGAUUGGCGCACGAGCAAAAAAAUCAUUCGCCCCAGGAAAUAAAGUGUCCAAUUUGCUGUUCGAAAAAACUCCAAAUAAAUGGAGAUGAAAGUCACGAGUUCAUUUGUCAUUUAGUUUUUCAUCAUUUACCGCUUCUUUGUCGUCUGUGCGGUCAGUCGUUUCAAACGUGUGAAGAUUUGAAAAUUGUUCAAAAGUGCGGUUGGUGGAAAGAGGAGAAUUCUCGUCGUGUGCUGAAAAUUUUAGAAGAUACUUUAUCGCCGACAACAACGUCGGAAUUAGACGUUAAUAAUUUUAUUGAUUCGUGCAAUAAUAAUAGAAAAAGUGUUUCUCGGAGUAAGGAAAGAAGCGGCAGUCAUCGUUUCGUGACAUUGAAUUCACCUCCGGUGUUGAUUAGAAAUACGAGCACGCCGAUGAUCAGCAGUUGUUUGAAAACGAAUUUUGAAUUGAGAAAAUCAAAUUCAAUAAGUUUACAUCUAAAAACGCCGAGGAAUUUUUCCCCAUCAUUAGAAGAUACGGAGACUCAACAAUAUUUGGAUAACAACGAAUUUCAAAAGUGCAAUUCUGAUUCUGUAUUCAACAGUGGGCGAUACAAUUCCCAAUCGAAAUCGUUUAUACAGAGCGGCAGUUCCGAGUAUUACACCUGCGACCAACAGGACUCUAGAAGAAGAUUGUCUUCACUAUCGAAGGUUGAAGAGUUUUCGGAACCUCGAAGUCGAAUAAAAAAGGAAGUAAAACAAUUAAAGAAAACAGUCCGAUUUUCCGACCGAUUCUCCCAGGAAAUCGAAAUGGCCGAGUACGAGGAAUUCUUCGAAGCUCAGGAAAGUCUCUCCGAAAUAUCACAAAAAUUCCUCGACGACGACGACAAAGAAAUAUCAGUCAAUCACGUUGAAUCAACAUUCGACGACAGUGACAAUCGCGACAAUAGAAUAAAUUUCGAAAAGGAAAAUAAAAUCUUCCUAGAGGAGAGCAGUAUUUAUACAGAGGAAAAUAGAGGACCGUCGGAAAGUAAUAGCGCUUCGGAAAAUAUUUCCCUAAUGAUCAGGAAUGUUCACUUAAAUGACAAUAAUGACAAUCGAUUGGAAGGCGUUGUAAAUGCAAAUAGUUUACAAAAGAAAAUGUAUUCAAUGAAAAACGUCUAUUUAAAAGAAAAUGUCAAUUUUUUUAACGAAUCAAAUGUUUAUUCUCAACCGAACGAAACGAGCGACGAUGAGAAUAAAGAAAAUGAUCAUUCUGAUUCAUCGAAAGGAAGUUCGAAAAUCUCUCAACAAGCCGAAUCUUCUCAAAUUGUCAUGAUGGUCGUCGUGAAUAAUGCGUCACGAUUUUCAAGAACAGAUCUAGUGCCUCUAAUUGAUUCGGAACUGAAAAAAUUAGAGGAAUCAUCAUCGAUGAGCACUGUUUACAAUUCAAUAUCAAGUCAAUCGUCAUCUCAGGAAGAAAAAUAUUCAGUGACUAAUUCUCAACUCAGAAGAAAAUCCACAACCUCAGUCAACAGUUAUUUCUCCAUCGCGAGUACCGAAUGUUUCUCAACGCAAAAUGAUUCUGCCUCAAGUAACGAGAAAGAAAAUACCACCUAUGAAAAUGAGGAAUCUUCAAAAUCCGAUGGAAUUCUUUCGGCAAUGGCAAGAGUCGUGAGAAAUGCUUUAAAAAAAUUACCAGGAGGGAGUAUAUUACAAGAAUCAAGUGAAUCCACAAUUGAAAAAUCAAAUUCAUCUUUAGCGGAAUCAACAUCAGAAACAUUGUCAUUAUCAUCAUCGACGAAUUCACCACCGAGUUCUGAUCAAAGUGUAAAUAAUCUUACAAGUAAACGACCCAGAGAUGCAGUAUCGCAUUCUACAAUAAUUCCCAAUCCCACUUUACCCAACGAAGACAGAAGUCCAAUUGCAAAACGCCAACGUGGAUGGUAUAAAUAUAAAGUAAGAGCUAGACCUCCAAUAGCUCGAAUGAGGAAAAUUCAAGUCACAUCGCCCAAAGGAAUUUCUUCCGAAACACAACGGUUUCAACAAGGCUCUCUUUCUGUCGGAAGACUAAAUACCAUCAUUCCUCUUCCCUCCAGAGCACACCAAUGCACUCAAACGGAGAAAUAAAAUUUUUCCCUAAUUUUCCCAAUUGAAUUCUAAAUUGUGAUUUAGAUUUCCCAUAUUUUUCUCUCUCGACAAUAUUUUCUUACGUUUUUUUUAACAAAAAAAAGAGAAUUAUAUUUUUGCAUGCAUGCCUUUUGAUAAUUUUGGAAAAUGAAAAUAAUUAGUUUUACUAAAGUAUUCUGUGAAUUGGAAUUGAAAAAAAAAGUUUUAAAAGGGAAGAUUUAAUAUUUAAAAUGUUAAACUUAACUGUGUGUUUCUUUAUAAGCAUAAAAUAUUUUUGUAAAAUUUUGUAAUUAUUUUAUUUCUACGUACAAUAAUUUAUAUUAUUAAAUAUUUGAACAUAUGUUAUUAAAUUACUUGGACGUUAAAGAUUUGAUUAUUAUAUAAAACGAUUUCGUCAGAAAUAUUAUUUAUUUGGAAGAAUUUCUUUUUGAUCAAAAAAAGUAAAAUAAUGCAGCAAAUCAAAUGACAAAUUGAAAACUGAUAAUUAUAUUUAUAAAAAACUUGCAUUAGUCACAAAAGAAUGUUAAUAAAAAUAAAUUUAUUCGUGAAA